UUCAUUAUCAAAGAGCACCUUGAAAAAAUUUAGGCUCAUGUAGGAUCUUUGAAGCUGCAAAUUCUAUUUGCACGUUUAAACAAGACCCACAAAAAUGUUCUGUCUCUCGAAAAAGUACGUUCUUCUUCGAUGGAUGAACUGGAAUGUUUAUACGAACAGCGAUCAAUAAUGGCGUUAGGUAUAUUGAAUUAUCCAGAGAGAGCGUAAUCAGUUACACGUUAAGGGACCUUGACUUGAUUAUUAAUUUUCUUUGUCUAUAUUCGGUUUGUAAUUAUCUAGUAUCGGUCUUUUCAUUGAAAAUUUUAAUCUUGGAAUAAUAAAUGAAAGACAUCAUAUAAUUUUUUUGAUGAAGGUUUUGAUGUGAUAUGCUUCCGCUCCUCUGUACUAUUUCAAAUAAAGAUUUUAGCAAUCAGAUAUCUUGCAGGUACAUUUAAUAAGAAAAAAUAUUAUGUAGCGCAAUAAGAUUCCCUAGGCUCAUUCAAAACAUAAUCCUGAAGAACUUUAGUUUUAAUCAAUAUUUGAACUGAUAUCUCAAAUGUUUUUGUUUGUUUGUACAGGUGAUAGAACGUUGGGAAUAUAUCUUUCUGAACGCAAUCAUUAGAGUAAACAAGCUGUAUUGUACAGGCUUUCGCCAUGUUAUAGGUAACUUAACAAGUAUUAGCUUCUUUAUUGGUGUAACAGCCGCAGGACCUGGCUCGCAUGUAUAGCUGAACAAAAUCAAUCCAGUUAAAAUGGAUGUGCUGAAGAUAAUUUUGUUGGUCUUUUUUCUGCUGUGCAACUUUGCUGAGUACGAAUUUUGGGUAUCAAGAAGAAGAGUAAUAAGGCGAAGAGUAAUAAGGAGGAUCAAUUUUGAAUUAUUGAGAUGCAAUCGCUUAAGAAAAACAAGGCUCAUUUCAAAGUUAAAUCAAGGAAAAGAUUAUAUUUCUGGAAAACAGAUUGGGAAUGAAAUUCUUUGUUUGCUCAAUAUUCACGACAGAGAGAAUAAGCUUAACAUCUUGGAUGGCAUGGUGCUGGCUAUCGCGCUGAGGUAUGCAGUUGAGAAGGUGCGAGAGAAGUUACCGGGGGUUUCUUUUACGUACAAAAUCGUCGACCUACGGGGAGAGAGCUCAAAUGCUGUCAACUUAUUAACGACCUUCAAGGAUUUGAAGUUCGCAGCUAUUGUAAGUGCAGCUGAAUUGUCUCAAACAAAUUUCGUUUCGCAAUUAUAUGGCGGUGAGACGUACAAAAUUCCAAUCUUUAACCCGUUGACAUCUAGUAGCGCUUUCAAUAGAGCAGCAGAAACUAAAAGAGUGUUUCAAACCCUUCCGACAGAGGAAAUUGAAGUCAAAGCAAUCAUUGAUAUACUCCUUAGAUUCAAUUGGACAUAUGUUUCAAUCAUUAAUUCCAGAGACAGUUUUAAGCAACGUUGUGUUUACUUGUUUCUCUUAAUGGCAAAACGAAACAAAAUUUGCAUUGGUACACAAAUUACUGUUUCUGAGAACGAUAAUGGCACAAUAUCUAAAGAUUUCAUUAGAAAACUAAAUAGCUACGAGAAAGCAAAUAUUGUUGUGCUUUUUACGCUAUCACAUGUGACAAGAAAGAUUUUGGAAGCAUUUGAAAACAAUACAAAAUUUCAUUUUGUGUCAGAUACGGGUUGGCGCUCCGGCACUUACACUGUCAAGGAAAGUCUAAGCAUUGCAAAGGGCUCGUUAAUACUUCAGUAUUCAGAUGUAUUUGAUGAAGGAUUUGAGCAUUACUUCUUGAAGCAAAAUCUUGCUAACGACAAAAAUAAUAACUUUUGGUUCAAGGAAUUUUGGGAGCAAGUCUUCAGUUGUGAUACAGGUUCCUUUUACGGUAGUGAAUUGCUAAACAGAUCAAAGUGCACUGGAAAUGAGAGACUAAAUGCAAGCUUAGUUGAUAUUAAGCAUGCCAUUGUUAAACCAUUGAUUGUUGCCGUUGAGUCGAUGGCAUGCACAGUCACGUGUAUGAUUGCCAAGGGAACAUGCAGACUUUGUAACAAGUUCAAAGUACAAUUUUACCAAUGCAUUACUGCACAUUUUGAAGAAAACCACGGUAAAUGCAAUUGUCAAAAUCUCAGUGGCCUGUUUCAAUCCCAGUCGGUUUCCAGUCAUUCUUCAAGUACAUUUCAAAUCUUGAACUUUGACGGUCAACAAUACAAAACUGUUGGUACUUGGACUUUAAAUUCAUCGUCUGAAGAAACGUCUCUGAAUCUGAAUACAAGUGAAAUAAACUGGAAAGAUAAUAGAGUACCUCAAGCCUUCUGUUAUCAGCCAUGUAAGGACGGAGAGGUGCCUUAUUUUGGAACCGAUGCCAAUGCUUGCUGUUUUUCAUGCAUGCAAUGCCAUAAAGAUGAGAUAACGCUCAAUGGUACAUGCCUGCCUUGUGGUAAGCAUAAAAAGCCCAGCUAUAACAAAAAAUCAUGUUAUAUAUUACCACUCGUCUAUAUCGAUAAAAGAUUUUAUGAAAUGAUCGCUAUAAGACUUGGGUCAUGUAUUGGACUCGCUAUUAACUCUGCAACGGUUUUUUUGUUUAUUAAAUACAGAGACACAAAGAUUAUUAAAGCAACAAGUAUAGAGCUAAGUAUGAUGAUACUAUUAGCUCUCUAUUUGUGCUUUCUUUCCCCGUGGAUUUUCUUGAUGAGACCAUCUUUGAUAAUAUGCGGGAUGCAAAGGUUUAUUAUUGGCCUAAGCUGCACGGCUUGUUAUACUCCCCUUAUGCUUAAAACAAAUCGAAUAUAUCGCAUAUUCAAAGCUUCAGAAAAGCUGAACACAAAGCCGUUUCUGGUGAGCACGAAGUCUCAAAUAUUAAUCUGCUGUGGUUUCAUAUCUCUCCAGUUGCUUCUUUGUGUUGUAUGGGUGGCUGGUAGUGUCCCAAAGAUUCAGCUUCUGGAUGUAGACUAUAAGAACCAGACAGCAGUCCUGUGUAUGUUCGAAACAAUCAAUAUUGUGUUCAACCUCCUUCCAUGUCUUCUUAUGAUGGCUGCUUGUACUUUGUUUGCUUACAAGACAAGAAACUUCCCUUCCAAUUUCAACGAGGCGUUCAAAACCAGUGUGACAAUGUAUAUAAGCUGUUUUCUUUGGGGAAUCUUUAUUCCGUUGCUUUUCCUUUUCGAAAUGAAAGAUGGAAACGUCUUUCUAAAUGCUAUUCUAAUUUCAUGCUUCAUGAUCGCAAUUGGUAUUGUAACCGUAGUUGGAAUAUUUGGACCGACGCUAGCAAGACUUUUCCUUUCUCCAAGUAAAAACAAGGCAAGCAGCCAGUUUUUUUACUCCGAGAAUGAGCUGAAGUCAGAUACCAAUGUUUCGAGUCGUGACGUAAGCAUUACGCAAGAGGAUUGCCAUGUCUCUAAGCAACAGCUUUGUGAGACCAAAGAAAAUAAAGUUAAAACCAGUAAUUAUCGUCGUAUGGAUGAUGAAAAGAGUGUUGAACUUAAAUGUUGGCCAAGAAGAAGGUUAAGGAGAAGAUCACAAAGCUUCUGAAUUUUCCCAUGGAUGGACCGUAGUCACAAUUUUUGGCAAAAAUAGCUUGAUGAUUAAUAUCAAUAUCAAUUAAUAUCAAAAUUCAAAAGUUGACAACCCCAGGAUUUAAAAACCCUCCCCAAGUUGUUAAUGUUUUCGCUGAAUUUCCCCCCCCCCUCUAUCCCUAUACAAUGUUCAUUACUUCAUUAAAGUUGUUUAUACUUUUAAUGCUAGUAAGAUUCUCACUGACCAAGAAAUGGUGCAAUCUUUUAACAUUGAGCUGCGAUGGAUGUUCCAACAAUUGUGGCAUAUAUUCUAGCUAUGUUUAUUUCGUCGAGUGGGUGUUUAUGGCAAAAGCUUUAAUUUGGUAAAGAGUCUUGAAAAUGAGUUUCAGGCUUAAGACACUACCUUUAGCAACAGUUCAAUAAGAUGAUGACGUCACCACACAAAUUUCUGAUGCGUGUAAAAUUAAUUAAGUUAUAUAUCAUUCGAAUUGUCGUUGAAUGCUGAUUGUAACUAUGUGUUUUUGCUCAAACUGCUACAACAAAGCUGUUAAACUGUUAUAAUGUGUCGGCUUUUAAUGCUCAAUGACGUCAUAAAAAUCUGCAACUUCCGGUCAAAAUUUCAAAAGGUUCUCGGAUUUGGAAUCUACGGAGUAUUUUUAGUCAUAUACGGUUAAAAAAAUUUCGUUAAGGCCGAUAUUCAGAUUGUCUGAGAAAAUUCCCUGCCUACAUGCUUUUGAUCUAUCCUCGUAAAAACCAGAAUUGGCACAGUUGUGAAUUUACACUACACUGGAACAGAGAACAGAGCUUCAUGGAAAUUAGAGACAUGAAUGGCAAGAACAUUGCUGAAACAUGUCGAUUGCGACAAGUAUGCAAAGGGUUUGGUAUUUCCUUUAAGCUAUGUCAUUCGAUUUUCGACAGAUCAUGCAAAAAUUGUCGUAUUAUCCAAAUUUUGUGCAAUGCAUAUAGUUACAAAGUACCAAGUUUAAAACAAAGAAAUUCUUCAAGGGCAAAAUAUCUUGAGUCCAUUCCAGGGGCGCUCUGGCUAGUGUUAGGAAAACGCUUUUUGUUUAAAGGAUGUAGGGAAGUGAUAAUGAAUUAAGUGAUUAAUAAAGUGAAAGAGGAACCAGAACUAACAACUAUAAUUUGCUGCAUUGACAUUGAGUUGGUUUGUCGAGUCAAAUUUACCAAAUCAUCAAAAGGUCUUCUACAUUAUUGAAGCUUAUAUGACUUUCUUACAACCAUGAGACAUCUAGCGUUUAUUCUUGGCUUAAUCAAUUAAGGGUAGCUGUUUCAAAAAUAUGCAUUAUGUCUGUGGAAGCGAGGCGGUGCAAUGAAAUUAUAAUGAUGAAUUUAAACAAGUUUUUUUUAAAACUUGGGCUGAUUUUUGCAACAUCAAUCAAGCGAGAUUUUAUUCAUUAUAUGUACCAAUUGGUUUGUAAAAUGGAGGAAAAACAUAAAUUGGGCUGUUGGAUAAAAGACGAUAGCUGCUCAAAGUAUUAAAGCCUCCCAUUACAUCAUCGUGAAUUCAGGUAAUUAAGCUAACCUUUCAUUCCAUUUUUUUAACCUUCAUCAGAGGAUAUUAAAAACCUAUUUCUGCAAUGGAGCUAAUUUAAUAUCACCUCUUUCAAGGAUCCGCAAAUCUGUUCUUGAUUGCUUUUGUGACGAAGUGAAUGAUUUCGUCUUCUCUCUUGAAACAUCCAUAACAUAGUUGUAAUACAGUUUAUUUUGUUUUUUAUUUUUAAAUCAACUGACAUCCAUAACCAUACACAACAUUGUACAAUGUUUAUCAAAGCUACAAUACAUUUCCCAAAACAAGGAAACCAUCAACCAUUCCAUUGAAAUAAAAACUCUUCAUUUAAUAAAAGUGUGGCAUGGCUAGUCCUACUCCUUCUUUCAAUAGCUCUUUCUAAGAAAUAAUCACCAAAAUUCGAUAAGGAAAAUAAAAGAGAGAUUUUGCAUAUUUGCCUGCCAAAGCUUUUUUCUCCUAAUUACAUUACAUCUUACAAACGAUGCACAACUGCCAUUUCUUUUUUAGUAGGAGUCUUGAAUAAAUGUUGUUUAAAAUUCAAUACAUUGAAUUUUAAAAGUCUUAGGUGUUCAUAAAAGUCUAUUUUCAGGAUUUUUUUAACUUUGACCAUGGAAUACUUCUAGAUAUAUCAAAAUCAGUUAAAUAUGUCUAAAAUCAUUUAAGAGCACUGUUGGCUGGACCUGAGCCCACUUUUCGAAGCUGGAAAAAUGCGUGUUUUAAGGGAAUUGAAUCAGUUUGCAAACCUUAAGUUUUAUUAAAAGCUACGUUGUUUUACUUGCUCUCUUUUGCUCAGGCUAUUGGAGGAAGGAUUCUCUGAUUUUACAUUUCAAUAGGAGUUUUAUGGUCAUCUUCAAGGUUAAAAGUAAAAAAAUUGCAAAAAUCAAUUUAAAAAUCAAUGAAUUAAUUCACACUGUCACACUUUGGAUAUCUCUAAAGGGAUUUUUGGGGUUGGGAAAUUUGAGCCUAUUACAGAGCACGGGUGCAAUUAGCAGGUAGCGCAAAAUCGUAAAGAUAUCAUACUUGAAUACUCUUUCUGACUCUCCGGGACCCUCCUCGAAGUAUUAGCGUCAUGUAAUGGCGAAAGCAGAAAUUUAUAUCCAGUUGCGGAUAAAAGAGAAAGCUUUUUCAAAGCCAUUGCACCUGAAACGCCGAAAAGCCAUCAUCUAACGAAACUUGGAUGAACGUAAAAGCAAUCACCGUAUAGGUACUUCAAAAACCUUGCUAAUAAACUGUACUAACGCAAAAUAAUGUCUUUAUAGAGUUAAACGUUGAUAAUCUUGCUUAUGAAAUGCUAAUGGUAAUACCAUUGACGCCAAACUUUGUGUUGUUCUUCGAUUCUCUACAUCGGUCCAUCAUAAAUUUUCAUCAUAAAGAGCCUAGUUUAAGAUACCUAAAUUCCUUAUUUCUUAUGCAUAGUUUUACUGCACUUUAAGUGAAGUAACGCAUCUAAAUUAUCGAUUGUUUGCAAUGAUGAAAAUAAAGAAAAUUGAAAAGUUUAUCAGUGAAUUUCUCUAGCAGCAUAAGUUUCUACAAUAUUUCCACUUUGUAAAGUAAGUAAACCUUUCUUUGAAAAAAGUAGAGUUACUAUUGGCCAAUGGCUGCGUGGUCCCUGCGCAUUAUUUUGGAAAUUAUUCGUGUAUGCUUUUUCAUAGUGUAAUUUUCUUUACUUUUUCUGCAUUAUCUAUUAUUAGAUUGAAACUGUACUCAACUUCCUCAACAUUUUUACGUUUCCAAUAAUCCUCAGCCAUGCUUCUGAAGCAUUCCGUCCUGAAAUCUCUGAAAUUUCUUAUCUUCUUUCUCUGAGGGGCUACAAUGCCUGCCAAAAGUCUUGGAACACUGACAUCAAUUUCCAAGGUCAAAACCAAUCAUCCCCCUCUCCCCCACGGAACAAUGUUGGUUUACUAUCAAACGGAUUAGGAUUUUAGGAAGCACUUUCCUUUGCGCUUCUUUUAUGAUAUUUCUCUAAAUCAUCAACAUUGUUUGAGGGGGAAGGGGGCGGAAGUAGCAAAUUUUUUUCAUGAAAGGAAUGAAAGAUAUCAAAUGCAGCGUAAAUUGGUGGGUGUUCCAAGUACUUUUGGCAGGCAUUGUAGUCUGCCCUCAGAAUGCACGCUUUGGACUUUUUUCUAAUAAAUUUGCAAAAUGUCGACAGCCAUAAUAAUCAAUUUUGGAAUUUUUGAGUGUUUUCUUCAUGAGCAGAAAGAAAGUGAUGAAAUACCUCAUUUGCACAAAUCAGUUAGAUCUGGUAUAUAAUUCUAAAGUUAUGACAGGGUUAUUGUUACUUUGGACUGAUUCGUUAGUUUUGGAACUAUUCUUCGGAUGCCACUCGGAUCCCAAAAAGACAGAUGCCAUUUGAUGAUCGAUUUCCACUCCAUGUUAUCAAACGUUAUCUCAUUUCUAGAAUAAAUAAACUCACCGUUCAUUUCAAUUCAUUUUCUCUAUUUCUGUAAAGUAAUUCCUUCCCUGUUGGACGAAAAGUUUCUCUUAUCAUACACUGGUGUCCACAUAAAGUCAUCAAAACUGUUAAGUUGUGAAAUUUGUAAGCGGAUUCAUCAUCUUUAUUGUGUACAAAGGACAAGAAAACGCUUUUUGUUGACAAUAUUACGAUUAUUAUCAUUUUAUAAAGAGAAAAGAGUGAACUUAGAGAUUUUAUCUACUGUUUAAUAAAAUCAAAUUAUUUUAUGUUUGAUUAAAUAUUUUGAUGACUUUUAUCAAUAAUUAAUUUCUAAAAAAUUCUUCCUAUCACUGUUUUUAUUGUUUUGUUAUAUUGAAUAAUAAUGUCAUAAUCCAAUGUUUGUGUUUUGAUGUUUUGAUGAAUAGCUUGA